UGGGUGGGAGAGGAAGUAGCUGGUGAUGCUGGAACAAACAUGGCAGUCCCGGUGCCCGUCAGCUGCUCGGGCCCCUACUGUCUGCGACUGCUAUCACUGCUGGCGUUCCUGGAGCUGCUGGUCGACCCCGGCUUGGGCCGCGUCCACCACCUGGCGCUCAAAGAUGACGUGAGGCAUAAAGUCCAUCUGAACACCUUUGGCUUCUUCAAGGAUGGGUACAUGGUGGUCAACGUCAGCAGCCUGUCUGUGAACGAGCCUAAGGGAGCCGUGGGCACAAGCGCGGAGAUCGGAUUCAGUCUAGAUCGGACCAAGAAUGAUGGCUUUUCUUCUUACCUGGAUGAAGAUGCCAGUUACUGUAUUUUAAAAAAGCAGUUUAUGUCGUCUGUCACUCUUCUCAUCUUAAACAUCUCUGGAAGCGUAGUCAAGGUCAGAUCCCCACCAGAAGCUGGCACCCAGUUACCAAAGAUUGUCUUCAGCAAGGAUGAGAAAGUCCAGGGUCAGAGCCAGGAGCCUGUCGUCAGCAAUGUCCCUGAAGUCAGCAAGGUGCAGAGAAUCCAAGAUGGUUCGAAGGCUAGAAGUACAGUGGAUUCAAAGGCAACAGCAGAGACAUCCAUCUCAAUUCAUAAGAACGAUGGGGCAGUUUCGUUUCAGUUCUUUUUUAACAUCAGCACUGAUGACCAGGAAGGCCUAUACAGUCUUUACUUCCACAAGUGCCCAAGCAAGAGGCCUACUGAGCAGGUGUCCUUCAGCCUGAAUAUUGUCAUCACUGAGAAGAACCCUGACAGCUUCCUCUCUGCUGGGGAGAUUCCUCUCCCCAAACUGUACGUUUCCAUGGCCUUGUUCUUCUUCCUUUCUGGGACCAUCUGGAUUCAUAUCCUUCGGAAGCGAAGGAAUGAUGUGUUUAAAAUUCACUGGUUGAUGGCGGCCCUUCCUUUCACCAAGUCUCUUUCUUUGGUGUUCCAUGCAAUCGACUACCACUACAUCUCCUCGCAGGGCUUCCCGAUUGAAGGCUGGGCUGUUGUGUACUACAUAACUCAUCUUCUGAAGGGGGCGCUGCUGUUCAUCACCAUCGCUCUCAUCGGCACUGGCUGGGCCUUCAUCAAGCACAUCUUGUCUGAUAAAGACAAGAAGAUCUUCAUGAUCGUCAUCCCGCUGCAGGUGCUGGCAAAUGUGGCCUACAUCAUCAUAGAGUCUACCGAGGAAGGCACGACGGAGUAUGGCUUGUGGAAGGACUCUCUGUUCCUGGUUGACUUGCUGUGCUGCGGGGCCAUCCUCUUCCCAGUGGUGUGGUCAAUCAGACAUUUACAAGAAGCCUCAGCCACAGAUGGAAAAGCUGCCAUUAACCUAGCAAAGCUGAAGCUUUUCAGACAUUACUACGUCUUGAUCGUGUGCUACAUUUACUUCACCAGGAUCAUCGCCUUCCUUCUCAAGUUUGCCGUUCCAUUCCAGUGGAAGUGGCUCUACCAGCUGCUGGAUGAAACAGCCACACUGGUGUUCUUUGUCCUUACGGGGUAUAAAUUCCGCCCGGCUUCAGACAACCCCUACCUGCAGCUCUCUCAGGAGGAAGAUGACCUGGAGAUGGAGUCUGUAGUGACAGCGUCAGGAGUGAUGGAGAACAUGAAGAAAGUCAGGAAAGUGACCAAUGGUGCUGUGGAGCCCCAGGGUGACUGGGAGUGCACCGCGUGAUGGACCCCGCUCUGAGGAUGCACUGUCAAUGAGAACAGCCUAGUCACAGCCCUGUCGUGAGCAAGCGUCUUCCUGACAGUGUGGCAUCUCCCAACAGUGACACUCCAUACCCAGAGCACAGCUCAGUGCGUGGACACCUACUUAUGUACUCUUAGAAAACCUGAUUGCGGUGGGCUCCAGCUAGGACUGUCCCUCAGGGAGGGUAGGAGCAGAGAGGAGGGGUAAAGGAGAGUCCAUCUGGGGUCUUCACAGGGGAACCCCAGUGGCUACCACUCAGAAAGGCUGUGGUGGUGGGAAGGGCAGGCUGCUGCUGCUCACAGGGCUUUGGAGGCUGAGGGUGUAGUUCAAUCCUAGUACCAGGGUGGGGGGGAAAGAAGUUACUUUGGGAUGUAGGCAGAUGUCUGCCAAGAACACAAAGAAGGGAGAGAUUGCCUUUGGGGAGCAACAGCAACAGAAAUGAAUGGAAUUACUUUAAAAAGCCAAAUAGUCACCCUAGGUGGUUUGAAGCACCUGUCCAGGGCCAUAGCCCCAAACACUACUCUAAAUGCUGUCCCCUCUUCUAAUGGUGACCUAGAACAGUGUGGUACUAGAGGCCAGCUGAGAGGGCCCAUUGUGUUGCUGUCCAGGCCACUGCCAGCACUGCAGCCCUGUUGGUGAAGUAGUUGUCUCUAGGCGUGUGUGAAGGGGAGAGAAGCCUUGAGGCUCCAGAAGUGCUCUCCAGACUCUGGCCCCUGCCUGUCCAGAGCAGCCGCCUGCCUUCCUCUCCUUACCCCUGUGUCUUCUGAUCAGCAUGAGAUAAAAGAGGAGAGUGUUCCUUAAGGAGCCACUGGGAGCCAGAAGGGCUACAGCUAAGCAAAUACUUAUGAAAGACUUGUUCCACAUCUUGCAUGGGCCAGGGGGACUUCUGAGCCUCAACCACAUAUUCCAAGCAUGCGUGAAGGAAGUGAGCACAGUUGAGCUGCUCAUGCUCAGGGACCUGAGGCAGCGAGGUCUGUUCAGAGCCUGGGCGGGAACACCAGCGGCUGCCUGCAUGGGACAGUGCUGCUGCAGAGGCGAGCUUGGAAGACAUGUGACCCAGGGCACAGGUGACCAGCUCGGCACCUGAAAGCAGCUUAGUGUCCACGACUUGUUGGUGAGUCACAACUUCAAGGAACAGGCUCUCCGGGUUGACAGCUACUACCUCCCAUUUGCCUUCAGCAAGAAACCACCUCUUCUGUCCAAGGGUGAGCAGGUCCACAGCUGGUCUAUCUGGAGAAAUGUAGCUAGGCCUGAAGGACUCCCUUAGGGACCUUUUCCUCCUUUUUUGUUUUGUUCUUGUUUAUUUGUUUAAGGUAUGUGAUGGGAAGGGAGUUGGAAAGGAGAUGGGGAUAGUUUUGAAUGCUUUCUUUUCUACAAAUAAGAGCUCAGCCAGCUCUGCAGAAGCUUGUUCCUGUGGUGACAUCUAAGCCUGGCCCUCAGAGGGCGGGCUGCUGCUUCCCUGCAGAAGACAUUGUUGAGUAGGUGCUACACUCACAGAAGGUGGGGGCCUCCCCAGGCAGGGUUUUUAUAAGGGGCCUCAGUUGCUGAGUUUUAAUAAAACUACUCAGUGGUGAGAGCAAGAGGGAAACUGUGGACAGCCUAGCCCACGGGCCUCCCUGAGUGACUAUAGGGGACAGCCUGGUCCUUCUGCAGCAUGGGUGCACAGUCGGGAAGGUGGGAAGUCUGGAUUGAUAGGAUCAAAAGCCUAACAUGGGGCUGGGAAGACUGGCCCGGAGUGCCCAGGCCGUGGAAAGGGAACUUGUAGCUCUUUAUCCUGCACUGUGAAUGCAUCUCAUCUUCCUAUCUUGAGAGCUGUGAGCUAGCAUUCAGCGGUGUCCUUGGGUAGAGGAGUCUGGUUGGAGCCCAGUGCUGCCCAGUUGCCCCAGCUCACCAGCUGCUCUGCAGCUUGAGUCUCAGCCCAGAUGGCUGCACACAACCGUGCUUGAACGGUGAAGCCCUUGUGUUGGAGAGACUGAGCAAAAAUGGGGUGCACAUUGCACUGCUACUGUGGUAUUUAUAGCCCUACUUUCUGUCCCCCACCUCUGCCUCUGCCUGUGUGAGGUGUCCAUGCUUCCUUUAAGAGUGCUGUGGACUGGAAGCUAUAAUUGUGACAUUUAAUAAAGUGUGGAUUUUGUUAGAAAAUUAUUUUUUGACCAUUAGGAGCAAGUGUUAGGCUCUGAGUCCUGGUUCUUAACAGUGUCAAGGACUCAGUCAGCUCUUCCAUUUGACUAGCAGAGUUCUGUCUGUUCAUUCUCUCUGGAGGAACAGCUCACUCCAGGGUCAAAGAUCCUGCCUCACACCAGGUCUGUGUUUGUCCAGUUUUCCUUCAGAAACCACUUCGGAAUAAAUGCCUACGUGUCUCCAC